AUGGAGGAUGUAGUAAGAGAAUUAAGCCCCAAAUUGCUGCGGACGCAGUCGAAUAGUAAACCAGUUGUUCUAAUGACAUGCGGCAUUGCUGGAGCCGGAAAGUCUACUCUUUCCAAAUCUAUACUAUCAGCCUAUCCGAACUUCGAGCGCCUAUCAGCCGACGCCACGAUCGCCGCCCGACACGGGAUAUACGGGGUAGACUAUCCGCCGGAGAAGUACGAGGAAUUCCUCGAAGAAGCCUCUGACGAAUGCGAAACUCGGCUUGUCGAGCUGCUGCGAGAAGGGAAGAAAGAUCUCGUAUUGGACCGGUCUUUCUACAGCAAGGAGUUUCGUGAAGAGACUAAGAAGCUGAUCGAGGACAAUGGCGGAAGAUGGGUGUUUGUAUAUCUUCGCGCAAAGAGCAAAGAAUUCUUAUGGGAUAGAAUUCAGAGAAGGAGGCAGAAGGGGAUAAAUGCUGAUUGUGCAUACGAAAUUACUAGGGAAAUACUUGACGGAUAUUGGGACGGGUUUGAAGCGCCGGCGGGCGAAGGAGAUAUUGUUAUUAAAGUAGGCUAA